AUGGGUAAGCUGGGUAAGCUGGGUAUCAAAAGGCGCUGCACGGCUUUUCCAAAAAAGGUAGAUCCGGUGCUCUGCUGUGUGAUCUGUGGGGCUGAUCUUCCAAUUUACGUUAUUGACGAAGUAUUCGAGGAGCGAGAGGACUGGGGAGAGCUUGCGAACAAGGAUUGGGGAGAAUCUGUGAUUGUCCCAGCCCAAGAGUUGGAGCAGACGGACUUUGUGAAAUAUCCGUAUCUGUGGUCGUUCUGGUUUCGAGCAAUUCUUGAAGAUCCAAAGACAAGUCAGAUUCUCUUAUCUGGAAUCUCAAACGGUCUUUCCAUUAACUUCUGGCCACGCCCCGUCCCGCGCAACCCCCAGAGGGCCUCCAUCCGGAACUUGGCACUAGACGAGGACGAUUGGAAUGCCGACUUCCACAUGGCGAAUCUAUUCGAACCAGAUUGGAAUCGAGAGGCAGGGGAGCCCAUCGGGUAUCCGAUUCAUGCCCACUGCUGGCUGCUCCUCGACCGUUUUGUUGGACAUGAUCUCAUCAUGUCAAAUCUUCAUGCAUUCCUCCGCGCUGUCGAAGGGUUUUGGGGGGGAAACAAAAAGCACUGGGGUAUUUUCUUAGACCAUUUGUCUUACGAUGGGCUCUGCAAUAAUAAUAAUGGCCCACACUGGCCCGCAGAGCAGCGUACACGUACUCCGGAACUCAGUGCUGAGGAGCUCGAGGAGGUCACGCAGUGGCAUACCCCUGGGAGUCCUUUGAGAAAUCCUGACAUACAGCGCUUGAUCACUCAAAAUCUUCUUUCGCAACGAGACGAUCCCGGUCAAGGACAGAAGACCAUCCAGUCACGGGUUUCCUGCCUGCCACUGGAUCUUGCGGUGACUAUGGUGGAUUUGAUCUAUGAGACUCAGCCUCGUUGUCAACAGCGCAUUAACGAUACACGAAAUCUACUGGAAGCCUUUCAAUGGAGAUUGCCUAACACUUACUGGCAAGCGCGAUGCAACACUCAGCUAUUGUUUGAACUUGACGACCUGAUCAAGGCCAGAACUGCAGUAAACUGGUCGGGACUGUGCCUGGGGAUCGAGGAGCUAUUAUUAGAUGAUGAUUGGUACUGUAACAGUGGGUUGAAACAUCGUGCUCGCAUACUGAACCUGCUCAAUGGCAUCAAGGAAGGAUUUGUUUAUCUAUUGAAUCGGCCAGUGAUUGGGAAGUAG